CUCGCGAGUCCGUUUUUUCUCUGAGGAAUUCACAUAGGGAAAAAAGGGGGACGCGAAAAAAUAUUUGUGAAACGUUUACAAUUUACCGAAGGAUACUAGCAAUAAUUUUGUGUGAAAGGGAACGCCUACCCGCCAUAGGAGGUAUUCGAGUUUACAGGCCUUAAGUAUUAAGUAGGCCUUGCACGCGGAGACCAAGUUGCAUCCGAAAUCGACAUUUGAGUAGUUGUGUCGUCUGCACGUUUGGUUGCAAUAUUUACUCCGUCUCCGUGCUGGAAACUGAUUAUUAAAAUUUCUGUUACGCUGCACGAAUUACGAAGGGAAUUAUCAGAAGCCAAAGGCUCAAAUGGACAAAAUCACAUUUACCUCUGACUGUGUAAUUUGCUGUGAAUUAUGUAAGGAGCAGAAAGCUAAGUACACUUGUCCAAGAUGCGAUAUUCAAUAUUGCUCUGUGAUGUGCUACAAAUCUUCUCAACAUACUCAAUGCUCAGAGUAUUUUUUUAAAGAGUGCAUAUUAAAGGAAUUAGCUGGGUCUAAUAUGGAAAACCACUUUGGAAAAAAUGGGAAAACAAAUAUGGAAAAUCUAUUGAAGAAAGACAGUACAACAUAUGCAGAUGAUCUUGAUUCAGAUGAUUCUGAAGAUGGUUGCCUGGAAAAUUUUAUUAAUCGAAUGAAAAACAUUGAUUUGAAUGAUUCAGACGCUGUCUGGAGUCUUCUGACUGAGAAAGAAAGGAUGGAAUUCAAAAAAAAACUUUUCUCUGGAGAAGUUGUGGAGUUGCUUCCAAAUUGGAAUCCAUGGUGGAUAGAAAAACCAAAAUUCCCAACCAAAGAAUGUGAUGUUCCAGAGUCAAUGAAAAUUCCACCUGUUAAGACUACAAUUCCUUUAUUGUCUUCAGUGAUGCUUAAAAAACCAAAUGAGAAAGUGGUCAACGGAUUGGGAAACAUACUAUAUGGUUACGCUUAUGCGUCACGUCUUUAUAUGCAAGAUUGGACUGGGAACGUCAGUUUCGUCAUAGAAACUAUCCUGGCCGCAUCUACGAUUCUUUAUACCAACCAAUGCUUUGAGACAGCCCAAGAAGCUAUAAAUUGUGCACAAUUUUCUGCCAAUAAGCUUUUUGAAAUUUCAGAUGAGUUGGACUUGCUGGUUAGAAAUGAUAUCGAACAAAUUCAAAAGAGCCGAAUAUUUCUUUUGGCUGCAUUGUCAGAUAUCAGUGCCCUUCUUUAUAAAGGUGUGGAAGCUAAACGUGCUCCUGUAAAGCGUUUGCACAUUGCUAUUAAGAAAGUCGAUUUUUAUCUUUCUCUUGUCUGUGAAUUUGAUCUAAAUCUAUUCAAAUGCAAUGUUGAACAUUAAUAUAAAUAUUUUAAUUAA